GUACUGAGUCGGCGCGAAAUGACAUUAUAGAGUGGGGGGGCAGUAACCCUAAGAGCACCGCACGGGAAGGUUGUGUCGCCCCGCGCCGUAAACAGACCGCGAUCUCCGCAAACUCACAUAAACAUCAACUACGAUGUUAUGAUUUAAAACGAUACAAAAAUGUACCAACAAGUUCAUUGCCGGUUAUAAUUAGUGUAUUAAACCACGUGUAAAAAUAAACUAUGCGGUGUAAAGUGCGAAGUGACGUUAAUCAGUAGUGUCAAGCAUGACCGCGGGUCCAAUUAAAAGAGAUAAUCUCAGAUGGAACCAGUUCAAGUGUAUAGUGCUUUUGCAUCUUUUGUUCAGCUUUCCGUGCUCCAUAAAAGCUCAAUCUCGGGCUCCUCGCAUAAAGGAACAUCCAGCUGACACAAUAGUCGGCAGGAGUGAGCCUGCUACUCUGCGCUGUGUCUCAGAAGGAAAACCGAAGCCCACGAUCCAGUGGUAUAAAGAUGGCUCCCCACUCGCUCCCACUGACCACCCACACAGAGUCCUGCUGGAGGAUGGACUCUUGUUCCUUAGGGUUAUGCGUGGCAAGAAGGAAAACGACGAGGGUGUGUAUUGGUGCGUCGCACGCAACUCUGUCGGCGAGGCCGUCAGUAAGAACGCAACACUCACUAUCGCUGUUCUUCGAGACGACUUCAGAGUAGAACCUCGAGAUGUAAAAGUAGCCAGCGGGGAACCCGCCGUACUAGAAUGUUCUGCCCCGAAGGGCGUACCAGAUCCAGGAGUACAUUGGACGAAGGACGGCCAAAGUUUAGACGUCGAAGUUAACGGGAGAAUAAUGAUCGUAAAUGGUGGUGAUUUAAGAAUACUAGAAAGUCUUCCAACGGAUAGUGGGGUAUAUAGAUGUGUAGCGUCCAAUGUGGCUGGAGAGAGACAGUCUCGCCCCGCGACGUUACUCGUGUUACGGCGACCACAUUUUCUAGUGAAACCUAAUAACAUAACGGCAUUGAUAGGCCAGAAUGUUGAGUUUCACUGUCAGGCAUCCCCAGAAUCAGAUGUGUCAGUGACGUGGUCUCGCGACACUGGUUCAUUAUCGCCGUACGCGAUCAUUCGUCGAGGAUCACUGAGAAUAGAUAGAGUUGUUGCUACUGAUGCUGGAACUUAUACGUGCAGAGCUGAAAGCCAAGCCGGGACUAGUAUUGCAUCUGCCUCGCUUACUUUACAUUCUUUACCUCAUUUCACUCGAGUGCCUUCAGACCAAACUGCCUGGGAAGGGGAAGCAGUGUCUUUCCCGUGCGAAGCCGAGGGCACACCGCUGCCUGUCGUCUUUUGGACCAUGGAAGGGUCACAAGAAUUAGUGUUUCCUAAAUCAACUCAUGGUACCGGGUCUUUGUAUCUGGAUCGGGUUACGACGAAACAUGCUGGUAGAUUGACGUGCGUAGCUGUGAGUGCAGCUGGAAGUGCUUUGCAUACCGCAACUUUACAGGUAUUAAGAAGAGAAGCUAACUCAUUCAAUGGUGAUUUAGAAACAUCGUCUCCAUACCCAGAUCUUUCUAAACAUCAGAAUCAUCCGCCAAUGACGCAGUAUGAGUUAGUUCAAGCGCGCCGAUAUUUACAGCAAGACGUUUUAGCUUUAAGAAGGGUUGAAGGCAUUUCUGCCACUACAGUCAAAAUUGUUUGGGAUGUGUUAACAGAUUACAAUGAAUACUUAGAAGGUGUCAAAAUAUGGUUUAACGGGACCUCUCUAAAUCGACAAUACGUUAUAGAAGAAGAUUAUCGGCAUUCCAAUAUUUCUUAUAAAGAAAGUUUAGCAGAUUUUAGAAAAUACGAAAACUUUUCAAUGACCACAGUACACAAUAGUGGGUCUUCUAGUCAUGUUUUAACUGGUUUAUUACCUCACGCUCAAUAUGAUGUGUUCUUGAUGCCAUUUUACAAGUUACUAUUGGGUAAACCCUCUAAUAUGAAGUCUGGUGUUACGGAAGAAGACGUUCCAACAGAGCCGCCACAAAGCGUCACAGCGGGAGUGAUAAAUGCGACGUCAGCGUGGAUUCGGUGGGAUCCGCCGCCCCCGCAUACAUGGAACGGUGAACUAUCCGGUUAUUUGAUUGAGGUUCGCGUGGGUGGUAGUACUGGCGGUCGCGUGGUCGGUCAAAUGUCGCUGGGUGCUAAGACGCGCGCGGCUGCGGCAAGCUCACUGCGGGCCGGCGGGCGCUACAGUGCUCGCGCGGCCGCUGUCACGCGCCGCGGACACGGCCCGUUUAGCGCGCCCGCUCAUAUACACAUGCUGCCCACGCUGUCACAAAGGCACUACGUACAGACGGAACCAUCGACGGACAAGGCGAUAGUGUCAAUGUUCCAAGAAACUUGGCUGCUGGCAUUAUGUCUAACUUUGUUAGUGCUAGUACUUGUCGGCACUGGAGUUGUUGUUUAUUUAAGGCGAAAGCAGUCUAAACAAAGAAAGAGCCAAAACACGACUGGAACUGCAAUUGUAAAUGCUCAACAAUGUCUUUUAGGUAAAGAAGCUGUUUGGUUGCGAGAAAGACCUAUGUUUGAAGGUUCCAACGAACCUAGAAUAGAAAUUUUGAAUUGCCAUCAAAGUCUAUUGCAUGGUGGUCAUUCCAUAGGUACUAUGUCAAUGGAAGCUGAGUACAGUCUUCCUCAGCAUACGAAUGUUUUGAAUCCAAUUCCAGAAGAAGGUCAAAGAAGACUUCAACCGGAACCGUAUGCUUCCAGUGCUAUUUAUACGGAAUUAAAUUAUCAGGAUCACACCGAUGCAGAAGACUCAUGCAUGAAGUGUGCUGUUAGUCCUGGCUCAUAUGACAACAGCAUGGUCCGGUCUUACGGAGAAAGUAAUCAAUACUCAAAUGAAGAAUGCUCUACAUGCUGCCGGAGUAGCAGCUCGACCCUCACGAAAGAUUACAGUGAAAUGACAAAAUGUGGGAAUGAGGAUGAAAUUCAGGACAUGUCUAUAGAAGACUGCCCAUCCUGCAAAACAAACCAUUCUAGAUCUUCGAGCCAUCAUGAUGCCAACAAAGAGUGGGCUAUGGCUGAAGUAGAAUAUGAUUACCCUCAAUGGCAUUGGUUGGGAAGGGAAAAUACAUUUAGGCAAACAAAUCAAGAUGUGAGGUACGCAACGGAAGGUCGAAGCGAUCAAGAUUGUAGAAUGAACUUAUGUGAUAUCUUGCCGCCACCGCCUUAUGAGAGGGAGUCACAGUAUCGAGAAAUGCACGCAUUCACCAAUCACUCAGGGACUUCAGGUUGUUCAGGACACUCUUAUAGGAGUUAAUUAAAUUGUAAAUUAAUAUCACUAGGAUGUAAUACAAGCAAUAUUACUUUAUAGUGAACUGUACAAAUGUAUAAAGGUCUUUGCAUAUUAAGAACAUUAAGGUAACGAAGGAUACCUGUUACACCGUCGCGUAAUUCAAUGAAAAUAUAUAACAAAAAUUUUCCAAGUAAAAUCGUAUUAGCAUAUUUAAAGCUUGCUUGUUUGCAAAAUAAAACGAAUUUGGAAACGGGUCUGCAUUGCCAAGUUCCGAUAAGGAAUAACAGACAGUUUACAACGCUGGAAGACUAAACGCUAUCUUAUUCAUAGCAAGUAAAACGAGUAUCUAACCGAGUACAUAUUCGAGACGAAUUUAAGUAUUUCCUUUAAAUUAAAAUGAUAUUACGUAUUAUGUAAAAUGUAGUCUUAUAACGUAUAUUAAAUUAGUAGCUAGUAGUUAUUUUUAACGAUUUGUAUAUUAUUCUAUCAUUGUAAGGAGAGAUUGUUUGAAAUAUGAGUGAUUGAUCUAAAUUAUAAUUACGCGACGGUGUAACAGACGGCUUUGAAGAUUGUAGCUCUUGUGGACGUGUUUACAAAUAGACUGCUAUGUAACGUAUUGUAGGCAUUAGGUUUUCAUCUUUCUCUAGUGACUGUGAUAUAGUAUAAUUUCGUAUUCAAAUUUACGUUUUAUGUAAAUAUUUUGAAAUGUUUGAUAUCCUUAUACAAUUUUAUCAUUGACGUAUUUAUUGAGUGUAGCGGAUUGGUAGUUCGGGAGAGAACCAAAAUUUUUAAAAUGAGUAUUUUAACGAUCACAGUUGUAUGUAUAUCAUUUUGUACUGAGACAGGAUUCCUACACUGAAUCAGAUGAUAAUUUGUACUUUGUAAACCAGCUUAAUUAAACUGGAUGAAUUUUU